CUGUGAGUCCUACUCCUCAAUAGGUUACACAGUCCGAGUUGUGCGUCGCUGCCAUUGUGGUUACACUGACUGUGUCGUGGACUUUGGCAUCUUCCCCUGAAAAACAACACACUCACACAAGUACGUUUCCAGUGAAAGACACGGUAGGCACGCAACAUGAAGCUGAAAGAUCGUAUUCAACAAUUCGAAAAGGCGGCUGGAUCCAACGUGCGCCAGGGGUUGCGUGUCGUACACAAGGGCAUUCGACAGGGCGUCCAAUUGGCACAAAAGGGAGUCCCACACGUCAAUCCCCCGGAAGUCAAUCCCACCCGAUCCUCUGCCGUUGUGGAAGAUCCGGAAAUGCCCACCACGGCAGCGGCUACGGACACCUUGACAGCACCAACACCAACAACAGCACCACCAACCACCACAACAAAGCUUCCUUCCGGUGUGGUGCCGCCGUCUCCCGACGACGGGCGGUACGAUUUCUCCUUUUUCCAAGCUUGGUACGAUUCUCUCCACGCCACAUUGUCCGCCACGAAUGUUCUACCCACGUUCGAGUCGGACCAACAGACACACCCAGACCCAAACGUACAGAAGUUCCUGCUCACGUUAACGACGAUUGACGCGGCUUGGAACGGACAAAAGGCGGCCCAGACUCUGGUGGAUCAACUCGGCAAGGCCAAACAGCCACCCACAUCACCGGAAGAAUUGGCACGAGCCCAAAAGGCCUUGCAGGAUGCCACACAGAUGGUCAACGAUCUCCUACUCACCGGAGAAGAAGCGGCACGGGUUCUUCUCCACACGGAUAGCGUCUUGGCGCACUUUGUCUCCUCUGAUUACGACGAUAGCAAUCUCAUGACGUUGGCCGUACUCCAAUCCGCCACUCCGAAAGGAUUGGCAGCUUGGUGUGAUCGCGGAGAUGCACCCACCCAACAACUCUUUCGAUUGUUACGGAGCGCUGAUUUGAUGCGUGUCUUCCUACAGCACGGUGGGCCCAAAAACGGGGCCUACGGACGAGCCAUGGAAUUGCAUGAACAGUUGUCCGCUCAUCAACACACAGCGACUAUCGAUCCCGACGCGCACCGCAUCGAUCCCGUACUCGAACGAUUGGCCCUCGCCGUGGCCUUGGAGCUGUGCAUCGAUCUAACGUCCUUUGGUACCAAACACCACAUUGAUCCGGUGCAACGCUACGUACACUACGAGCAAGCGUACUUGUUGGGAGAGCUUGAUCCUGCCUUUCCCACGUUUACGGUAUGGGAACUGCGCAACGUUGUCAACAGCGACGUUCCCGACGAACAGCUAGGCUGGGGAAGACAGUGCCUGAAGAAUUACCGACCCGAUUUGGUCUUGACCGACGAUCCGCAGUGGCGUUAUUGUCGUAUCGUCAAAACGGACGUGGCCUACAAGGUCCCAGACUGGUACAAAGAGCCACGGUCCAUGGACCAAAUUCUAUCGGGCGGCGGAAAGUGCGGACCGCGGGCUUGGUACGGACGUUUCGCCUGCAAAAGCUUUGGUAUUCCCACGUGGGGAUGCAAACAACCCGGACACGCCGCCAUGACCCGGUGGACCACCAAGGGCUGGAUGACCUGCCUUGGUGCCGGCUUUCCGUACAGCUACUGGGAAAAUCGAGGCGGACUGGAUUUCCUGUUGGAGACUCAAGCGCGUGCCGCCUUCGGUACGGAUCGAAUGUAUCUACAAAGGGUUCUCCGUCUCGAGUGGUUGGCUAUCUUCUACAAAGAAAGCAACAAGACUAUUGUGGACAAAUGCAUGCCAAGUUCGGAUAGUCCGUGGUGGGCGCUUUCGAUGAUGCAACGAAAGACGGUCGCUCGAAUCCCCCAAAGCAAACCAGCGAGGCAGUCGGACAACUUUAAGAUUGUGCAGACUCACAUUGAGACCGUCCAAGCUCAGCCCGACUCUUUGGAGACCAUCCACAGAGAUCUCACUACGGGUCGAAUCACGGUUCCUGCCGUGGCCUUUGGCAGUUCUUCCCGAAAGGCGGAUGUCAUGAAAUCGUUCCUGGGCGGUCGUCAGGUCUUCCUCAAGGAGGACGCGGUCGUUGCGUAUGUGUUGAAUACCGACCUCAUCUCUCCAUUGGCGGAGCGCUACCGGCUCUCGUGCAGAAUUUGUACGGUCCACCGAUUCGAACAACCACUCCAGUUAACAGUCAGCGCAGAGAGCACUGCUGCUGGCAACUCCUCGACACUGCACGAGAUCCCGAUUCCCUACACCAUGGGCAUAUGGGAGGCCACGGAACAUGUCGAAGUGGAGAUUGCGCUGAAAGGGAACACUACACUUUCCUUUGCCCGAGCCAACCAACAGUUUGGUUUCGCGUUGAAAGACGUUGAGUUGCUUCCAGUUUGAUACAGCUACUAGCAAACAGUAACACUUAAUACUAUUACUGCCAACAUGUUAAUUACC